UCGUUUAAAUAGUCUUUGAUGGCACUUCCCUGCUUCAAACUGCUCAUCGCCAUGUUGGCUCUCUUGACCUGCAGUCUCCUACACCCGUUCGGAGCUGACGGCAGUGGUUCCGUUUAAAGCCCGGCCGUGUUUUUGGACGUCGCUUGUCCCUCUCACCGUCCUCGCCCUCUUUGGAGGAGAAUGUCCGCGGCGCCUCAGCGCCGCCGCUGAACAGGAUUAACCGGGUGAAUUUGGAAGAGUUUGGCGACGUUUCCGUGGAGUUUUCUGCCACCGCCACCGGUCACAUCUGCGAGGAUGUCAGACGUCCGUCUGUCGAACGCCAGUCCCACCGUGGAGCGAGUGGAUCCGCGGCCGCAGGACAGCGCCAGACCCUCCGUGUGCAGGGCGCUUUUCGGCCGACCUGACACCGACAGCAACCGGUCAUUUCUGGCCAAUUCCAUCCGGGACAACGUGCAGUAUUUCAUGGAGCGGUACAACUUUGACCCGGUCGCCGACAGGCCGCUCUCCCCGGGGAACUACGAGUGGGAGGAGGACCGAGAUGCGCCGGAGUUUUACCGGAGAGGACCGCACUUACGCGGGGAGGCUCGAGGCACUUGGAGAAAGCGACCCAGCGGGAAUCCAGAUCCCUGCUCCAGCGACGCCAAAAAGUCGCUCACCGAGCGGGAGGACGACGACUCACCGCCCGGAGCGGCAGGCUGUUCGGUCUCGGCAGCCGCUGAAGAGUCCGCGGACGGUCCGGGUCAGGAGGAGUCUGACUCAAGUCAAAACAGCCUGCUGGAGGACGAACGGCUGCACAAGCACUGAAGAUGUACACUAUCAAGUUUUGGCACUCAAUUAUCAAGGAAAAAAAAAACAAUUCAAAUUGCCUCAAAAGCAGCAGACAAUGUAGCAGUGUGCAAAUCGAGUUUUGCUCAUCAUUUUAUUUGAUAUCUAUAUUCUAUUAUUACUACCUAUGUUUCAGACCAUGUAGCAGAAGAGAAGCAUCACAUGCUUUGAUAUUUGUGUUUUGUGUGUUUUUGACUUGAGGAAUUGCCGUGCAAUUUCCCCAAAAGUUGUGUCGAGCGGUUAUGUGUGCGACGAUUCAGGUAAAUUUGAUGCAAGGAAAAGAUUUCAAACGUCAGGGCGGCGUGGAGACCCAGUGUCUUCUACUUUUUUUCUUUUUUUUUUUUACGGCUUUACACGUCCCAGUGGUUCAUUUGAAGGUCCAGCAGGCCGCACUGAGGAAGGGGUACCACUGAGGAGGGAGGUGGGAGGCUGGGGUGGGAAGUGUCAUCUGGGAUCCGCCACCUUGAGUUUACAUCAACAUUCCCCCCAGAUUUCUUUUAUUCUGAGAUUGGGAUUUUUUUUUUUAUUUGAAAAGUUUGUGCCUUUUAAAACUGCUGAGCAAUAUUUCACCAAUUCCUUUUUACUGCCCCUCACUCUCCCCCUCCCUCGCUCUUUCUGUAGUCGAGAUGAACACAGACGAUAUGUUCCACAUCCUGGACGACUUCUUAUGCAAAUAUGUGAAUCAAAGAUUUGUACUUUUCGGGUGUGAACUUCAUGUGGAACAUGCGAUUGCACUAUUUUGAAUCAUCACGAGGGCAGACAAACUAAAGUUACACUGCCCAAGUCGUGUGGAAGAAUAUACCUGUGUGCCUUUUUCUUUUCUAGAAAAACACUGAAAAUUUAACUUAUUGAUGUUUUACCCAAAAGCACAUAUUUCACGUGCAGAUUGGUUUUUUUUUUUCGUUUUUUUUUUACAUAUGUUUCCUUGUUUUUAAGAAAUCAAUAAAGCGUUGCCAAACUGAGCCGACAAUUGGUUCCAUGAGUCCUCAUUUUGUGGUGUGCUGAGAUGAAAUCUUCUGUCACUCAUGUUUGCUUCUCAUUCAUCAGGCGAUCUGCUCCUCUCAACAGACUGGUGCACUCAUUAGAGAAAGUCAGCAGUCGAACACUUCUUACCAAAAAGUCCACAAAUAUUCCUCAUUAUGAAUUACAUGAGAAGUUGACCUGUGUAAAAACCUAAAUGUUUUACUGACAAGUCAGAAGAUACAAGAUUAGAAUGUCAAUCAUUGAAAAAAGUAGUGAAAAUCACCUAAUAAAGUUGACCUUGGAAAAUGUAGGAAAAUUAUUUUUAAAAAGAGUUUACGAAAAUACAGUAAAAAAUCGACCACAAAGUACUUAAA